UUCUGGUUCGCCCUGCUGUCGCGUUCUCUUUUUUUCGCCUAAACCUCUUCGCAAGAAAGCAACUUUCGAUCCCUACUUUUGCCCCAAAUUCUCUCGAUCGAAAGCAAGCAGCAAUGGCAGGGCUGUCUCUGCGAUGCGGCGACUGCGGCGUGCAGCUGCGGAGCGUAGAGGAGGCGCAGGCGCACGCCGAGGCCACCUCCCACACCAACUUCGCGGAGUCCGACGAAGCUGUCCUCAACCUCAUCUGCGCCGGCUGCGGCAAGCCCUGUCGCUCCCAGACCGAAGUGGACCUGCACACCAAGCGCACGGGUCACGCGGAGUUCACUGACAAGACCAUGGAGGCGGCCAAGCCCAUCGAUCUUGAGGCGCCGCUGAAGCCGGUCUCAGGGGCCAUGGAUGUGGAUGCAUCCGGAAGUGGGGAGUCGCAAGCAGAGAUGGUGGGGCCGGAGGUGAACAAGGAGAUGCUUGCCGACCUCCAAUCGAUGGGGUUUUCGAUGGGGCGCGCCACUAGGGCGCUUCACUUCUCCGGUAAUAGCACCAUCGAAGGUGUCAUUAACUGGCUUUCUGAGCACCAGGAGGAUCCUGAUAUUGAUGAAAUGCCUAUGGUGCCAGCCACUUCGAACGCCAAAGCUAACAAACCCUCUCUUACUCCGGAGGAAAAGAAGAUUAAAGCACAGGAACUAAGGGAGCGUGCUCGCAAAAAGAAAGAAGAAGAAGAGAAAAGGAUGGAGAGAGAAAGGGAGAAGGAACGUAUAAGAAUUGGUAAGGAGCUUCUUGAAGCUAAAAGAAUGGAGGAGGUGAAUGAAAGGAAACGCAUCAUAGAAUUGAGAAGGCUUGAGAAGGAAGAAGAGAGAAGGGCCAGAGAAAAGAUUCUCCAGAAACUGGAAGAGGACAAGGCUGAACGGAGAAGAAAACUUGGAUUGCCUGCCGAAGUCCCAUCUGCAUCCAAGCCAAGUGCAGCACCGCCUGUUGAAGAGAAGAAGAGUGCAUUACCUGUCAGACCAGCCACAAAAGCAGAGCAGAUGAGGGAUUGCUUACGAAAUAUUAAGCAGCAAAACAAGGAGGAGGAUGCUAAAGUGAAGAGGGCUUUUCAAACACUCCUUACCUACAUUGGAAACGUGGUAAAAAGUCCCGAAGAGGACAAGUUUAGAAAUAUCAGACUCAGCAAUGCUACGUUUCAGGAGAGGGUUGGAAAUCUUGGGGGCAUACAGUUCCUUGAGCUGUGUGGAUUUGAGAAACUUGAAGACAAUGAGUUCUUGUUUUUGGCAAGGAACAAGGUUGACAAGGCGAUCUUGAAUACAGCUGGUGCCGAGCUGAACUCUGCCAUCACAAAUCCUUUCUUUGGAGUCCUUUGAAUCAUGAAAUUUUCCGGCGUGCAACUUGAAACGUUUACACAAAGAAUUUGUAGAUAUAUUUAUUAUGCCAUAUUAUUGCUAAGUGAAUCUCCCAUUCGUACUGCAA